UUCAGCAAAAUGGCAGUUGUACUCACAGUGCUGGUGUUAUUCUUAGCUGGUUUUCUUGCUGGAUUUAUAUUGUUGGUCAUGGGGGCAAUUAAUUUUGAUUUUUCCAACUCAGAAAUUCCUCCUGGAGUGAACCAGCCUGCAAAGCUCCGAAUCAUUCAUAUAAUUUUAAUAUGCACAGCUGUGGUGGGAAAGAUUUUGGAAAACAUUGGCAUCUGCACUCAGGUGAAUUUUGUACGGUACAUGCAAGGAAGAAAGACUCUGGGGGCGGACGCGAAGCUCUUCAUCAAGGAUCUGUGGUUUGAGAAAGUGCCUGUAAGGAUUUACCAGCCUAAGGCUCCAUCUGCCAGCCAAAGGAGAGGAGUUAUGUUUUUUCAUGGAGGAGGAUGGGUAUUCGGAAGUCUUGAGACCCACGAAAAUCUGUGCCGCUUUAUCGCCAGAGAAAGUGAAUCUGUGGUUGUAUCUGUGGGGUACCGUUUAGCCCCUGAGCACAAAUACCCCGCUGCAUACGAAGACUGUCUGAACGCCACCCAGCACUUCCUGCAGCACCUGGAGCACUACGGCGUGGAUCCUGCCCGGGUCAUUGUCUGCGGGGACAGUGCUGGGGGCAACCUGGCAGCUGCUGUGAGCCAGACCCUGGCAGGCAGGUCAGACUUCCCCAAACUCCGUGCUCAGAUCCUGAUCUAUCCAGGCCUUCAGGCGCUGGACUUCAAUUUGCCAUCUUAUCAACAAAAUCGGGGAGUCCCUCUGUUAUUCCGGGAACGUGCUGCUUUCUACAUGUUGCAGUAUCUAAACGGAAAUGCAACAAAUCUGGAAGAGGUCUUGGAAGGUUCCCAUAUUUCUGUAGAUAUUCAACUAAAUUAUAGGAAGUGGGUGAGUCCAGACAACAUCCCUGAAAAAUUUAAGGUCAGAGGCUACAAACCACGUGUGCUACUUGACUGUACAACUGAAGUUUUUGAGAAAGUGAAGAGAUUCUGUGAGCCCAUGCUGUGCCCGCUGCUGGCUGAAGACACAAUUCUUCAGCAGCUGCCAGAAUCUUUCAUCCUGACCUGCGAGUAUGACGUGCUGAGGGACGAUGGCUUGUUGUACAAGAAGAGGCUGGAGGACAACGGGGUUCAAGUGACCUGGUGCCACCUCGAGGAUGGAUUCCAUGGAAUCAUAAGCUCAUUUAAUAGUGACUGGUUGUCAUUUCCAGCUGGAAAAAGGGGUCUUGAUAAUAUUGUGGAUUUUCUAAGAAGCUUAUAGCAACAUUUGUCUCUGUUUCUGUAAGAACUGCCAAAUUUCUGCCACCUUUUAUGCUUCUAAAUUCCAUAUAAGAAGUUCAGAUAGGAACAUUUGAUAAGAAGCAAUUAGCCAGUGUGAUUACCAUAAAGAUGUUUCAAGAAUACUAUGAAAGUUUCUUUUAGAGCUGUUUGAAGUAGUCCAUGCACAGUCUGCCUAUUUUAAUCAUCUGUUUGGACUACACACUUGCUACUCUCUCAGUACAUAUAAAAGAUGCAGUAAAAUUUUAAGCCAACA